AUGAGAUACUUGAAGAUUAUUAUUUUGUGCUCCUCUCUACUGGUCUUGGGUGCACAAGCAGCAGGCCCGCUUGCGUUCGCUGUAGGACGGCUUCCGAAACCUGAAGAACCCUCUCUUCAGCGGCGCGGUAUCCUACAACCAGCUUUGUUAAAUGGUCUAAAGGGCCGAGAUGGCGGUCUCUACUAUUUCAAUGUCUCAGUCGGUACCCCCGGUCAGCUACAGACUGUGAGUCUCGACACCGGAAGCAGCGACACGAUCUUCAUCGCUGCAAACUUUACCGUCUAUGAUAUGUAUACGGGUGCCAACUCCACUUGUGAGCCAGAGCCCGGCUGCCCGGGCGGCACGUUCAAUGAAACUCUGUCGUCCACAUACAAAGAGGUCGUCGGUGGACUGGAGGAAGGACAACUCGACAUCAACUUUGCUGAUGGCACCUGGAGAGCUGGCCCUUACUCUACAGACGUGAUUCAAAUCGGCGACCUCUCAAUAACAGGUGCUCAAUUCAGUCUCGCCUAUGAAGGCCAAACACCCACGAACCAUGGCAGUAUAGGUCUCCUAGGCCUCGGCUACGCAAGCAAUGAAGGUGUGAUCGAAUCAAACGGCACUUUAUACCCAAAUUUCCUCGAAACUCUCGUACACGCCCGUGCCAUCCCGUCCCGUCUCUACUCCAUCUACCUAAACCAAAUCGAUCAAAUCGGCUCCUUGAUUUUCGGCGGCAUCGAUACUGCUAAGAUUUCUGGCCCACUUACAACUCUGAGCUUGCUUGCUGAGAAAGGCAAAGUGACGGGGCAUUUCGGGUUGAAUCUUGAUGAAAUCACUGCUUCGACUCCUGAUGGCAAAACCCACAGUUUCAUCCGCAGUGUAACCAACAAACCACAACCAGUCCUUCUAGACAUUGGCGCCCCUAAAUGGAAGAUCCCGGAAGUCGCAUACCAACAAAUCUUCGCCAUGAUAGGAGAUGAAGAAACCGGAUCUCGUCCUUGUUCAGAAGUCACCCGUGGCCACCCAAACACUACUCACUUCAACCUCCACUUUAGCGGCUCUGGCUCCAACACCUUUUGA